AUGAAGCUCUCUUUUUCUCUUCCUUCAAAAUCCCAAUCCAAUCGCUCUAAAAAGCCCUCGCAAUCCUUCUCCGUCGCCGAUGCUGGGCCGUCCACCGCAGAUUCGUCCGCCAAAAUCUAUGUAACAGAAUUCAACUCGGCUGAAGCUCCGGUGGAUCCGGAUUCAAAAUCGAAAUCCAUUCCCCCUAUUCCCAACCAAUGGCGUCCCACUAAAAAACUCAAAAACCUACCCAAUCUUCCCUCCCUAAAGUCUGACGGCGAAAAAACUCUCCAAUUUGAGGUUGUGCCUGAUAGGAAUCCUGAUUCUUCUGAUAAUCCGAUGGCUUACGGACUCAAUCUUCGCAAACCGUCCGGUGUUAAUGGUGGUUCUGAAGAUGAUUGCGGUGAAGAAUCGAAUUUUCCAAUUUCGGACUUGGAGUUGAGGAAGUUGAGGGAGGAUAUGGCAAAGUUACCAGAUGAUACUGGGUUUGAUGAAUAUACGGAUAUGCCCGUGGAGGGCUUCGGUGCAGCACUGCUAUCGGGGUAUGGGUGGAUUAAGGACAGGGGCAUUGGUCGCAAUGCCAAGGAGGAUACUAAGAUUCUUGAGGUUAAAAAAAGAGCUGGUGAGGGGGAAUUACCUGACAAUCAAAAUGGUAAUAACAGUAAUGUUGGUGAAGUUUUUGGGAGGAGAGAUGUCAGGCAGAAUAAGAGGGAGGAUGGGAAGGGAAAGAAAGGGUUUGAUGUUGGGAAAGAGGUGAGGAUAGUGAAAGGGAGCGAGAUAGGGAUGAAGGGUAAAAUUGUUGAUGUGAGAAAUGGUGGAGAUUUAUUGGUCUUGAGGAUGUCAAGAAGCGAGGAGAAGGUGAAGGUGUAUGUUAAAGAUGUGGUGGAGGUGGGUUCCGCAGAGGAGGAGAAGUGCUUAAGGAAAUUAAAGGAGUUGAAGAUUAAAGAGAAAAAAAGUAAUGAUAAAAGUUCUUCAAGUAAAAGGAGUCGAGAAGAAGAAAGAAUAGGUAGUGAGAAAGUGAAUUGGUUGACGAAUCAUAUUAGGGUGAGAAUAGUAAGUGAGACAUUGAAGGAUGGGAGAUUGUACUUGAAAAAUGGGGUGGUGACAGAUGUUGUGGGACCUGGAGUUUGUGAUAUAUCAAUGGAUGAGAGUGGGGAGUUGGUACAAGGAGUGGAUCAAGACUUAUUGGAGACUGCGGUUCCAAAACGUGGAGGCAAAGUACUAGUUUUGUAUGGUAGGCACAAGGGUGUGUACGGGAGUUUGCAGGAGCGAGAUUUGGAGAAGGAGAUGGGUUUAGUUCAGGAUGCGGACACACAUGAGUUUCUCAAUGUUCGGCUUGAACAAAUUGCAGAAUACAUUGGAGAUCCGAGCCAUAUUGGUUAUUGA